CCAGCUCUCGCGAGACUUGCCUGGCGUCGGCGCGCGGGGCCUGGCCGUAAAGGAAGCUGGAGCUGCGGGUGGGGAACAUGUCGGAGUCCGACCUCGGCAGGAAGUGGGACCGGUGCAUGGCGGACACGCUCGUGAAGAUAGGUACUGGAUUUGGAUUAGGACUUAUUUUCUCCCUUACCUUCUUUAAAAGAAGAAUGUGGCCGUUAGCCUUCGGUUCUGGCAUGGGACUGGGGAUGGCCUACUCCAACUGCCAGCACGACUUCCAGGCUCCUUAUCUUCUACAUGGAAAAUAUGUCAAAGAGCAGGAGCAGUGAGUGACACCUGAGACAUCCCAGUGGGAGGAAGGAGAAAUCAUGUUUAUUCCUCAGGAAUACUGAAGUGCCCUGGAGUAAGCUGACGUUCUUCUGUAACAAUGUUAUCAGUAAUGCUUUCAGCUCCAGCACACUGUUUAUGUAUUUGAAACCAAGUCUGUUUCUUGUUUUGUAUUUUCUCUCUGGAAACUGCAAGGAGGAGGUCUUGAAGAAAUAAAUUAAAAAGAAAUAGGCCGCCCGGUGCAUUGCCUGCGUUUCUUUGCCUUUGGUCUCUGAGCAUGAGGAAGACUGAACUGCCCGCAGCAGCCACUGCGGGGUCCCCACCUCUCUUGAGAGCCUUCCUGAAACCACAGCUCUGCGCAGUUCCCCCCUCUCUCCCCUAAAGCUAACCCCUAAGGUUUUCAGAACUGCUUCC